CAGUUUAAGGGGCCUUUCGAGUGGAUUUUUGCCAGUCAUAUGUGGUAAAUGUACACUUCCCACUUGGUUACGAACGCAUCAUGAGCGUGUCUGUUGCACGUUACAUCUCCCACUCCGGGUUAAUGCGAUGGGCUGUCACUGUUAAGUAAGCGCAACACAAGGUGCAUUGGCCAAUUCAUUGAAAACUUCUGCUUUGGUUCUACCUGUUUACUGAAAUGGGUACAAGAGGGAAGUUCGUAACGUGGCUCGAGCACUUUCACGAGGUGCUGAAACCCCCUAUUCUCAACCACCGAGAAUGGGCGCAUAUCGGCAGUUAUACACCAAAAACUAUAAACAAAUUAGGGCUGUCCCAGACAAAAAAAAAUCUUGGUCGACCGAGAGUCGUCUGUUCUUUCGACCAAUCUAUUGAUUGAAAUUUUUAAACAUGUAUUUUUCCAUAUACAGACCAUAUACUAUGUUUGAAUAAUAUCAACUAUAUGUAGGCUACUUUGUCUGAUGCUUUAAGCAAGACACACAAAUUCGUAAAGAGAGAGCCAGAGAUUAAUAUAGCCUAACCAGAAGAAUAAAACCUGUUCCCAACCCGACUCUCCUGCUCCCGCUGCCGGUAGUGUGCCAGUUAUGAUUUUCAUAUGGCUAUUUUCGUGGAACAGUUUAAUUUAAUUUAUAAUAAAGUUUUCAGAAUCAAUAUUCUAUCUAAAUGAAAAUGAUACAAAUCUAAAAGUAACUUCUAUUUCCAUUGCCAACUAUGUAAAAAUAGCCUACAUAAAGUCAACAAAUAAAAAACAUUGCAGCCAGCAAGUAGAAAAUAUCCUGAUUUAAAAAGAAAUAUCCUAUAAAUCACAUUGGCUAUGCAUGGCCUGUCUGCAAGGAACUUGAAACAUUGUAUCAUCUAUUAACUUGGGUCUGGCCAGAAGCUUAUGCUAGCAAACUUGCAACAUUGCAUAAAAUAUUCUGGGCCCUCAGAGUUUCCCAGCCAGGGAGCUCCGGACAAACAGACACAGCUUUAGGCUAUUUGUGCAAGAGAUAAGAAGUAAUCAGGGAGGCCUUUUUAUGGCGUUUCCACCGGAUCAGAGCAUGAGAUUUUCCCCCCUGUCAUGCUGAGUGGUUAUCGAAAGGGAGAGACAUGGAAAUAUUUUUCAAAUAAGCUACGUUGAGGAACUAUUGUCAUUCGCAAUAGAUGUAAAAACAGACUUCGUUUACUUGCUUUUUGAGGCGAAGAAAAAAUAAAUUUGAGAAGCUCCACGGUGGUGGUGAGUUAAGACAAUCAGAAAUAGUAUCAGAUCACCAAAUGGGCACAUUUUAUAGGCCUACAUUUGCACGCAGGCCAGAUAGCCUAGGCCUAGUUCUAUGUGUAAUAAGGUGCGUGUCCUUUCCCAAGAUAGACAGGAGCGCUCAACAAAAAAAAUGAAUACAUUGAGAACUCAUAAAUGGAAUGAAAUACACCACAACUUUUUCCUCACAAGUGUAGCAUAGGUUGUGCGCUCUGCAAACAACAUGUCCACUCCUACAAUGACAACGGUAAGACUGUAAUAAUAGUAUAUUGAAUGCAUUAACAGAAAUUACCAUAACCAAACAAACAUUGUAGAUUAGAAAUGAUGGUAAUUACCGGUAAAUGUACUAUUGGUGAUACUGGUGUGCCUCUGCAAUGGAUUAGUCCACUCAGACAGACGUGAAUCAGACGGGUGUCUCCUGUGCCAUAACAUAUUUUUUCUAUAUCUGCCACUGCUUGACUAAAAAAAUAUUGGUCGACCAACAGCCUAUUGACCAAACAAUCGACCAGUCGAGUAAAUGGAGUCAGCCCUAAAACAAAUAUAAACAUAACCUACCUAUCGCUCUUGUAAUUUCUUUGGACCCGGUCAGAAUCAUCUGCGAAGGGCUGCUUGAAUGCAGAGUGGAGACGAUGUUGUGUUUCUGUCUUGCUCCGGUAUACUGGGGUGAUGUCGGUGCAAAUGUGUCAUCAUAUUUGAGGUGUUGGCAGCUGCAUAGGCUAUUCUCGUUGAGCGUGGUGACAUAAUGUUAACGUUUUAUCCACAACUUUGUAUAUCGCCGUUGUAAUCUACUGGAAAGCCAACAUUUUACCAAACUGGAGUGUGGACCGAGCCGAGGUCCCCGUAACCGAACGGUUCGGUACUAAUACAUGUACCGUUACACCCCUAGUCCUGGUUGUUAGACUCUGCCAAGUCUAACAGAACGUAGGAGAGAGUGUAAGAGAGAGAGGGGGGAGGGGGGGGGGGGGGGGGGGUAAGCGUCAGUAAUUAGCAAGCAGACAGUGUUAGGUCAUCAUUAGCCCCUGGAUGCCAAAUAUGGAGCUGGGUGUGUGUCUGGGGAGAGAGAGGUGUGUGUAUGUGAGUUAGUGUAUGUGUGUAAUUGAUUGCACAUGUUUCUGCCGAGGGAGAGGAACGAGGCCAUCGUCGAUUCACACUUAUGUUAAGGAAGGGGUGGGUGCAUUCAAAAGGCUACUUUGGCCACUUAGCAACCUCUUUGGCGAUGCACAGCGGCCAUAUUGGAAUGGAAUGCCCACCAGUCAUGUUUUGAAACGAAAAUUAGCAUUCUCAUUGGACAAAUUCAGGUAGCAACUCUUAAUGUUUCACUCCGUUGUGAAAUGUUUGCUCCCGUUAUGUGCCAACUGAACAUGACCCAGGUCUGGGCCACUAUGACGACUGAAGAGCUCUGUACAUAAUGGGUUAGGUGAGAGGAGAGUUGGACAGAUGAUCUCUGAACAGCUACAAUAAUGACCUCAUUAAAACUGGAGGGGCUUUCCAUCUUUAUCUUCCAGUCUCUCUCAUUUAUAUGCCAUUUAGCAGAUGCUUUUAUGCAAAGCGACUUACAGUCAAUCGCGCAUACAUUUUUACAUAUGGGUGGCCCCAGGAAUCGAACCCACAACCCUGGUGGUGCAAGCGCCAUGCUCUACCAACUGAGCCAUACAGGACCCCCCCCCCCAUUUCUCUACCCCUUUGUCCGUAUGAAUGUCAUGUCAACAUAAAUCAUUCCUGUUGAUAGAGAUGUAGAGUCUGAAAGGCUUUUCUCUUCCUCUAUCUGGGAUCACCUCUUAUUAUCCCUAUCACUACCCCCCUCUAUCCACCCUCCUCCCACCUUCUGUUUUUCUUCUCUGCUUUCACCUCUCCUCCUCAUCCUCUCUCCCUCUCUAUUCUGUCAGGCCUGACAGAGUGUGACUGAAGGGUGAAUCAGAUCAACUGAAUGUUGUGAACCUGACCCAGAUUGUUCAUAAAAAAGGAAGGUGAUGUCACCAGGUGAUGUCACUGGAUAAGAUGGUAUGAUGUCAUCAGCUGAUGUCACUUGAUAUCAUCUAAGACAUAGGGCGUGGUCGAGUGGAUCCAUUUUGUCUAGUCGGUGACCAUCGUUGGAAAUUCGCCUUUCAAAGUGUGUUGCGUUAUGGGGAUAACAAUUGUCUGACUUGCGCUUACAUGUCGACUGCAUGAACUUUACAAAAACUAUGUGAUCAAAGGUCAUGCAGUUUUUGAAGUCGCCUUCGAGUUGCUGAAGUUGCUUCUCACUAACUGCACCAUGCAGCCAUCAGCUGCAUUGUGGGAGACACUAUUUGCCAAUCAAUAAUUAGGGUGUUUUUGGUUGACCCACGAGAACGUGACCAAAGACGUGACUGAAACAGGAACCAACUUUGCCGCAAUUCUAAAGCUACAAAUGAAAGUGAUAUUUGAGACCCCUCUCUAGCCAAUUAAAUGUUUUCAGUUUGUGAGUGUUUGAUAUGGGGGUAUAGAAAAUGGUAUUUCUACAUUUAUAAAGAAAAACUUUUAUGAACAAUAGCAGCUAUGUUGACACUGCCAUGUUGAUCUGAGACUUGCUGUUGGAAAUCCACUACAGCGUCCGACUUUCAGCUGUCGCACCUCUGUCGACUUCACUCGCCGACUUCCGUCUACAGUUGGCUUACUACUCAAACACCCAGAUUCUCAGUAGUUUAAUUGAGGUUGACAUGAGUGCAGUGUACGCUGACACCUAGUGGGGAUACUAUGUCAAUGCGGUUUGUCUUAUGCCAACACAUGCCUGCCUCGUGUAUGUGUACGCAUGUGUAUGAGUGUGUACUGCAUGGUGUACUGUAUGUGUGUGUAUCCAUAUAUAUGUCAUGUGUAUGUGUCUAUUGUGUACGGUAUGUGUAUGACGUGAGUUGUGUGUGUAAUGUGUAUGUUAACCAGUUGACCUGGCCCUGACCUUUUGACCUUGUCCCGCUGACCUCCAGAUGACCCCUGUCCCUGACCUGGUGUCCAUCCUGAAGAGGAGGAGUGUGUGUGUGGCUCCCUUCUCGGCCCCACCCAAACACAAACACCCUGCUAAGCGCAGGGUCCGCUUCAAAGUACCUGACGACGGCUUUGACCACGGUAAGGAUGUGUGUAUGUAUGUGUUUGAGUGAGUAUAUGUAAACCCAACAAUGGUUAUGAUCAAUUGCAUGUGUAUGUUUGUGCACGUACAGUAUACAGCUAUGUGUGUCUGUCUGCAUUCUUACCAUGUCACCCUCUUCCCUCUGUCCUCUCCGUUCUCCAGACAAGAAACAGUUCAAUAAAGCUCAGAUAAAAUAGAAUAAACAUCUAAACGUGUUUCCUUUUCUCUCCUGCAGACGAGGUGGGCGGAGACUCCUGCCUGCUCCUCUUCCUGCUUUGCCUGGUCACCGUAGUGAUCAGCCUGGGAGGCACCGCCCUCUACUGUGCCCUGGGCGACGCCCAGUCCACUGUCUGCACCGACUUCUCCCGUAACGCUGACUUCUACCUCGCACAGCUGCAUCGUGGGAUGGAUCAGCUCCAAAGCUGGCUAACCUCCGGGUCU